CGGGUUCUCCUCCUCCUCCUCCUUUUCUUACAUGUCCUCCUCCUCCACCUGCUACAGCUGCAACGUAGAGAUGGAGACCUUCCGCAUAUUAUUACUGUAAGCUCACGGAAAACCACCUGGGAGAGGAGGAACGGGAGAAACCAGGGAGGGGGAAGCAAAGGAGGUGCUUUUACGGCUGAAGGGGAGGCAGAAAGGCUCUGACAGGCGGAAACACUGAAACAUAUGGUUAGUGUGCAGAGGCUGUGUGACUGAGGGCUGCUGAAGCGGACAGAAACUUGUUCAGUCAGCUGAGAGGUGCAUUCCAACCUGAACAUCUCAUUUUUAACACUUGGUUGGCUUGCUAUUUUGCGCUCACCUGUGUGAUGCUUUUUUCACGCACACCUCUGUUUCAUUAGUUGUGCGGGGUGGACUGCGGUCAUUGGACGUGCUUGAACGCGCGCGCGCACACACACACACACACACACACACGCUCACAGCCCAUCACAAGACAAGCUACAGUCCACAAAAGCUUCUCACAGGGAGAAAAUCAAAUUAGCCUGUUUAUUCCAUCAGAAGAAGCUUCUACUUUUUUUUAUUCUCCGCUGACUGAUAGUUCCACCGAGGUCCGGUCUUUGUUCUGAUCUGCUCUCACGGUUACCGAGCCAUGUCUGGAAACACGGUGACCAUCCCGGACGACAGGGCGUUCGCCAGCUUCAAGGCGGAGUGUCUGUGUGAGGAGGGCUGGAGUUUGACCUGCAGCAAGGGGGGGAUCACGGUGUGGACUCAAGGUCUGGAGGAAGGGAAACCCGUCCACAAAAUCAAGUGUCGCAUGGUGUGUAAAGACGUGUCGGCGGAGACGAUGUACGAUGUACUCCAUGACACUGAAUACAGAAGAAAAUGGGACUCAAAUGUGAUUGAGACAUUUGAUAUUGGGAAGCUCACCGUCAACGCGGAUGUUGGUUACUACUCAUGGAAGUGUCCAAAACCUCUUCGGAACCGUGACGUCAUCACGCUUCGGUCGUGGCUGCCAAUAGGGAGAGAUUACAUUAUCAUGAACUACUCUGUUAAACAUGCCAAAUACCCUCCUAAAAAGGACAUGGUGCGAGCUGUCUCCAUUCAAACAGGCUACAUGAUCCAGAGCACAGGGCCUAACAGCUGUACCCUCACUUACUUGGCCCAGGUUGAUCCACGAGGUUCUUUACCCAAGUGGGUUGUCAACAAGUCUUUCAACUUCCUCGCCCCCCAUGCAAUGAAAAAGAUCAAUAAGGCCUGUUUGAAGUAUUCAGAGUGGAAGCAGAGACACAACCCAAACUUUAAACCCUGGCUGAACCCAGAACAGACUACGUUACCCAGCAUUUCAUUGUCGGAGCUGAGCAUCCAGCAUGCCGAAAGUCUGGAGAACAUUGAUGAGAGCUCAUUGCCUGAGACUCAUGAGAGGGAAGACAGCGACUAGAGAAAACACAUAUUCAUACAAACAGCAAUGCAGGGAUACAUAAAGCUUAAUACACACCCAUGAAUACAUGUAUGUAUGUUUGUAUGUGAUCCGGUUUGUAAAUUGUACAUUGUACAUAAACUACAUAUAUGGAUAUGUAUGUAGACGUUCAUGCACAAAGACAAACUCACUCGCAUAGUUACAUACAUAUUGUAUGAUUACAUUCACAUAAAACAGCAACACACACACACACACACACACACGCACGCACACACACACACGCACACACACACACACACAUAUGAUCAUACAAGUUAAACCUAUAUUUGGUGUAAUCAGAACUAAAAGUUUUUUUUUAAAAGAACAUCAACAUUUUAUAAUUAGGACAUGAGCAAAUAGUCAUCAAAAUGUUUGUGUUUAAAAGUUUAUUGACUAAACUGAAUACAAAAUUCAUUUAGUGACUCCUUGCAGCCUUUUAUUUUUAUGGAUUCACACAUGUAUGCUUGCCUGUAUUGUCUCUGUUGCUUGUUGUGUCUCCACCAAUUUGUAAGCACAUAAUAAAUAUUCAGGUGUGCAGAAGGCAGCUGGAACCUCA